CUAAGUCGGAUCUACAGAUUAGAUUGGCAAAUACAAAGAGCAACGAAACAGGGAGAGUUGAAAUAUUUCAUCCUUCCUUUGGCUGGGGAACUGUCUGUGAUCGCGGAUGGGAUGAUACUGACAGUCGCGUUGUCUGUCGUCAGUUGGGUUUCACUGGAGUGAGCGGGACAAGGAAGGGAGCUUACUAUGGUCGUGGAACUGGUUCAAUAUUGCUUGACAAUGUGAAGUGCACUGGUAACGAAUCAUUCAUUUGGGAUUGCAGUCACCGUGGGUGGAAUAAACACAACUACUGUGACCACUUGAAAGAUGUUGGUGUCAACUGUAACAACAGUAAUUGCAUCAUUUUUUUCUAUAUCAUCUUCUUUAUGUCAAUGCUAUGAAAUUUUAUUGACUCCCGAAACACUACUUAAAAAUGUUUAACCCCCCCCCCCUUUUACGCACAAAGAAAAUAGUUGACACUCCCAUUAUUUUACCUCCCCCCCCCACCCAUAAAUAAUGAACCUUCCCUUAGCUGGCUGGUUAUCAAGAUGCCUCAACCUCUCUUGAAAUGUUGAUAGCGUAAAAUGUAAUGUUAUAUUGUUCAAAACAUUACAUCGUUGUUCACAGACGUAGCAUUAUUAGUUAACGUUGAACGAUCAAGUUCCUGAAUAAUUUAGUCUUCGCGAAAAUUUACAUGCAAAUUAUGACUCCUGUAUAUUGGUAAACGAUUAAUUUGUGAUAUAACCCUAGGCCUAAGCGCUAGCUGGAAAACACGCUGUUAAUAACCAAUAUUGAAGCGAGACCCGUAGUUUUCAAAGUAGACAGUUCAAAGGUAUGUUGGGCCUACCCUAGUAAUUUACUAGUUAAUCUUUAUUGACAUCGUGACGGAAAUAGCUGUACUAUAUGAUUGUCAUAGAUCAGCUAGCCUGACUUAGUAUAGUCGCGAUUGUAUUAUGCGUGUUUAUACGAUAGGGUCAUGAUGAAAACGAGUCGUGCGGCCGGAAGUAUAACCCCACGAAUAUUCGCACACCAGUGUUGCGGGGACAGGAAAGCGUGGUUUUCUCGCGAUUUUUCAUAUGCGUCAUGUUUGUCCGCAAAAUGCAAAAAUGCGCAAAGAAUAAACCAUUGAAUAUUAAUGAGCUUUAAUAUCCAUCUUAAGCUAAAAAUGCCAUGAAUUUACGGAAAUCUUUAAAAUCUAUAUGCAACAAUAUCAAAUUACUUAUGCAUGAAUAAAAUUGAAUAUACAAUAGCUAAAAUCAGUAAAAUUUAUCAGUAAGAUGGUUAUAAUUUGUGUCAAUUUAUUUAAAACAUACCCCUAGUUCUAGGAAUCAAUUACCCAGCGGGCAAAAUGACGUUUAUCCAACGUUGAAUCAACGUUGGAAAUGACCUUCCAGACGUUGGAUAGACGUUGAAAAAGGGUUGACUAUGCAAAUUGGAUCGACGUUACUGUUUCGACGUUGAAACAACGUUGAAAUUAGGUUGCCAAUCUCGUCAACCAUAAUUCAACGUUGAAUCCACGUUAAAACAACGUUGAGAUUGGUUCACAAAUCGACGUCGUACAUUUAACCAUGAAUGAACGUUAAUUCAACGUCUGUUGGCUGCUGUUGAACCAAUGUUUGUAAAACAACGUCAGAGCAACGUAGAUAUUAGGUUAUCGACGUCGCUGCCUUUUUUCUACCAAAUUUCAACGUUGAAACAACGUCGUGUGCCCGGUGGGUAAAGUUCAUGUCUCUUGGUAUGGGAGAAGGUAUAUGAUGUGAACCUACCAGUUCCAAGAUCAUAUUGAUUGGUUUUAUAAUAGUAACGAGUUUAUUGCAUGGAUGUGUUACAUCUUUAAGAUUUUUUUCACACUCAUAGAAUCAUGCUCAAACUUCAACUUACAGGUAAGUCUCGUUUAAUCUAAAUUCUAUUUUGUCACUGGUGACGUCGAAUGGUUUUGGUAAUUUUAUUGCAUAAAUCAGAGUGUCUAGUACCCAUAUGUGUAAUACAAGCUACAGCUGUGGUAUUAUCAAUAAGGGCCCUUACAUGUUCAUGCUCCAAAUGGGAGUGAAAGGAUUGCAAUACAUAGAGAACAGCAAGCAAUUCUAAAUAAUUUGUAUGAAAAGUCUGUUCUACUAGAGACCAGUGACCUCCACAAGUGAGAUCAUUCAACACUCCCCCCGCCCCUCCCAACCUGACAAAGAGGCAUCUGUAUUUAUCACAAUCUCUGGCGAUCCAUGACUGACCUCAUUGUAGGCAGUGCCAGUAGGGAGUGAUGCUAUCCACAAAACUCUAAAAUUUGUGUUGGUUCAAACACAGAUUUAUUUGGGUGUAUAACCAACCUUAGGGUGGAGAACAGGUCAACUGUAUCCACAACAUCACAGGCACAAUCAUCAUAUGUAUCACCUUGCAAGGAGGCAUUAUCGAUACAGCCUGAAGAAACAUGACCUCUUUUCCGCAAAACUGUAUAAACAGGUUUAAGUAGCUUUGCAAACUUUCGAGGACAGCUAGAAAGGCCAUUGGGAAGUCAUGUGUAUUGGUAUAAUUGUCCGAUAGUGAUACUGGUACUGAGUAGUAGGCAUCUUUUAGGUCUACAGAUGCCAUAAAGCAGUUUGGUGUCAUUAAUUUAAUGACUGACUACAAGGUAUCCAUUUUGAAAUGAUGAUAUUUCACAUAAGUGUUAAGACCCUUUCAGUUUAAAAUCAUGCGAUGAUGCCAUCUUUUUUGAGGCACACAAAAAUUGGUAAUAUAACCUCUCCCUUUUCAUGGCAUGAUGGCACGAUUACGCUUUUAGUAAUAAGCUUAGAUAUUUCAAGCUCAGUAACCUCUUUAUGGAACGAACUAAAUUCAUAUUUUGACUGAUUAUUAUGAGGAGGGGUCCCUCUAUUAAUUCAAUGGUAUAACCAUUGACCAUAUAUAACAUUUCUGGGUCAGAUGUAGCUUUCUCCAUUCGCCAAUGCACUGAGAAAUUCCCCUAGCUUCAAAACAAUUAAAUUUUGGUGUAAAGGCGGUUUUCCAGUCCUCGCACGAAGCUCCUUGCAGCUCGCUGCGAGUGAUGCAUGAACACUUUCAUCCAAUCACAAUGCUAAACAGUUCAUUUUAAUUAGAUGCAAAAACUCGCAGCGAGCUGCGAGGAGCUUCGUGCGAGGACUGAAAAACCGCCUUAAAAGGCUGUCUCUGUAAAAACCGCCCGCUCGAAUUUCAUUUCAAACAUGAUCUUCGCUAAAACUCUGGCAACUGGAAGGCUUUAACAAACAUAAAAUCAAAACAGUCUAGGUUUGGUUGAAAACGAUUUUCCAGUCGCGCUGCAAAUAACGAAAUAUUUUGCCUCUUCAAGGCAUGUUGGGACGUCUCGAAAAUUGAAAAUUACGCAUUUUUCAUUGAUCCGUAAAAUAUUAUAUUCGCGUCAACUAGCAAUGAAUUUUAUAUCAUUUCACUCAUGAAACUUUCUAGUUUUCUUGAAGAAGAGGAAUUUUUACCUAAUAUUAGUUGUAAAGGAAAAAUUAAGCACAAUGUGAACCCUACUUAUCACUAUAAAUCAAAGAAUGGAAAUGGCCUUGAUUUAGAUUCUAUUUUUCAAACUUUGGGACCUUGUGAAUCGCUCGGGCCUAUUCUUCAAGGAAAUAUAGUCCUUUGUUGGCAAAUGUAUGCAAAAAACCCUGUACGAUUUCAGUAUUUGAAAAGUUAUGGCCGUUUGUAUCAACACACAUGCGUGUAUUUGCGAUGAGUCGUCAUAUUGUAAACCAUACAUACAUACAUACAUACAUACAUACAUACAUACAUACAUACAUACAUACAUACAUACAUGCACCCAUGCAAUCCAUAAUAACCCAAAACUAAAGAGAGCUUCUUUCUUUUCUGUAAAUAUAAUUGCAUUGUAUAUAGGGACACUUCAAGGUGAUCAGGCUUAGCUAAUAAUGGGCCAUGUACUUAGAUUUUGUGUAAACAAAUUAUUAUGAGCUAAUUCUUCGGUUGACGAAUUGACAUUAAUAGAUAGUUUAAGAUCUACGACGUCGACGCAAAUUUUUUUUCCGUAGACAGUCGGACUCCUCAUUGAUAGUCGGACGCAUCAUUGACCCGCGUCCAGGCCUCCGCGCGUUAUUGGUUGAUCCCUUCGUAUCCUGCGUAACCCACUAGUACACCAUAUAUCCAUCACUCCACGUUCUUGAAGGUUCUUCUUCUUGGUCCACGUGUAGAAAGAUGGACGAUUUUACGGUGGGCCAUAUGUGCAAAACACUCCCCAAAAUAUAAUUGCACCCCAGAGAUCGCAAAACACCUCAAUAUGCAAAUCAAAUUGCAACGGUUAAUCUGAAACACCCCCCAAAAGAUUCGAAACACCCCAAAAUAUUCGAAACACCCAAAAGAUUCGAAACACCCCAAAAGAUUUCGAGACACUCCAAAAGAUUUCGAGACACUACAAUUAUAAAUUAAUUCUUUGCAACCUCGUUCCCAGGCUUUUGUUGUUGUUUUAACACGUGAUUCAACAUGAUUCUAUACAUUUUCAAAUAUUUGUAAUACAAGUCUUGUUGAACAAAAAAAAUUGGUAAUAUUAAUAUUAUUACUAUAAUAAAGUUUGCGAAUGAAGUGCAAUAAUUGCAAUACAGAAAUAUUGAGUACAUUCUUCUAUUGUCCUUAUUGUGGCAAGUGCACUCGUAUCGACACCCCAAAACAAGUGAAAAAUACUGAUUGCAACGCGGGAUGUUCUUCGAGUUAGAGUUCAAUCUCAACCAAUUCUGGAGAGGGACAAAAAAGAUUUCGAUCUUUUGCCGAAUUUGAAGCUGAGAAAGGACGUGAACGAAUUAGCUAAAUUAUCAAGGUCUCACCCUUGGUUUCACCAAGGAUUUUAGCUUCGCCUAGUAAUGCUUAUAUACACCUUGACUAGUUGGUUCUUCCGGAUAUAAGACCUUUUUCAAAAUAGAGAAAGGAAAUUAUUGUCUGCUCUUCUUCAUGGCGAUAGGAGGCGUCUUGGUGCUAAGGAACUGUUGGCAAACUGGUUGAUGAUCUGUUCAUUUGAUAUGUCAUUGAUCAUCUGUUUAUGCAUGUACGUCAGCAUAAGUGCCUCCCAAGGUUGUUUCUUUCCUGCCCAGGGUUGUUUCUUAAUAUAAAUUUAAGCAUCAAGAAACGUCUUUCGCAGUCGACUUGCGUUACACUAAGCGGUACUAAAUGCUGAUAAGCUGCAUAUAGUUCGGAAUACGUAGAUAAGUUGAGACCAUAUUCAUAAAAGCGUUUGAAAUCGCAGCUGAAACAUGACCUGUAAGACUUGUUUCUGCAUACAACUGCAUGAAUUGGUUCAACAUGCAUGAUUUCCAAUCUUUUCACAAAGACUCUCUGAUGCAUUUUGAAGCAGCCUCUGUCUUCUGCAUUCAUCAAAUUGGCAAGGGUCCAAACUGGAAAAAUCUUGGAAAAGUCCCUGUGGUUCUCAAAUAUACUAGCUAUUGGUGCUUGUUACAAUUUGAUCCAUUACGACAUUGUAAACAUUCACUUGAUAGUCUUCGUGAGCAUGCAUCCAUCGCUCUAUUGACAGUGUCAUCCUUUCCACCGAAAUGUAAUUUCCUUUUUCGAAUUCUUUUUGUCGCUUUGGAUAGUAGACUUUCUUCUAUUGCAACAUUGGUAUCAAAGCAAACCCAUUUGCUCUUGGCUUUCUUUGCGAAUUGCAUGUGACAAUAUUCAGGACAGUUGGAAAAUCUCAGAUUGAAAAUAGCAGAUUGAAACAUUCUCGAUGCUUGAAGAAGAUUUAAGCCUCACGUUUGAAGGCAUUUGGAGAGUGGUGUUGUAAUUGAAAAGUUGUCCAGUUGCCAUGAUUUCAAAGCUAAAUUUUAGGCAGAGGAUUGCGCGGGCCAUAUAAGAUACUAACGUGCAGUGUCGCCCCAUCAAUUUUUCAGCAUAUAACUAACUUAUAUUGCUUUAAAUUGCAAAUUUGCACACUGGCCCGAGAAUAUCUUCGAGUUAAUCACGUUUCUCUGCAGCUGAAAACGCCCACUUAUCCCGUUUUGCGUUUUGGCGCCCCCAAAGCCAUCCCUUAAUAUCUUUUUGUAUAUAUAUAAAAGAAAAAAUACUAGCGAGAAAAGAUCGCAGAGGCCCUUAGUCGGGCGAGAAAAGUGGUUGAAGCGUGCUUCCUGCUUUUCAUGCAUGCUUAUGAUAUGGAGCUUCUAGCCAUUUAUUUAAAUGACAUUUAAAUUAAGCCAAUUUGAAGGAGCCCAAAACUGCCUUACAACAAGGGGCCCACCGGACAUUUGCCCGGUGAGCCCGACCGGCCAGUCCGCACCUGUUAGCAGUAGUAACGUACCAUAAAGGAAUGUCAUUGUGCAUACGAUCUAUUGUUUAUUGACGUGCAAUAUCUAUUAAACGGUGAAAGUAUUGUUUUGCCUCAUCUGCAAGUCCAUUGGGAUCUAUCUGGCAGGCUCAAAUCUGACAAAUUUCUUCAAAAUAUAUAUCAUAGUUGUCUUGUGAUUGGUAGUCAACGUGUGCUUGCAUGGCAUUAAUAUCCUCAUUGUCAGUAAGACUUGCAAUUGCGUGCUCCGAUAGAUUCUGGUAAAAAGAACAUUUAGUCUGGAACACCAGCUUGCGUGUUGUAACGGGAUCUUGCUUGUACGUACCUGAUCUAGACCUUGUUGUAAUAGUUUGUUGAAGCAGAACCACAAACAACUUUUCUGUAAAUCAUCACUUGUAUCCAAUUCCCCUCUUUCUACCAUUUGUGAAAAAAAUUCAUCCACCAUGUUGUCCAAGAUUUACGUAAAUGGGUCCAUCAUGCUUCUAUUCUCUGAUUAGAAGGGUAUGGCCAAUAUGCAUGGGCUUUUAAACUUGCAUGAUCAUCACUAUGAGAUCUACGUAAGAAGCACUGCAUUAAAAUUGUUGCCAUUAACCUGUUUUCAGUGCCUCUAUCGGUUCGUACCAUUGUUGGAUAACCCUGGUUCUGUUGGAUGCAACGGAGGAAGUAUUUAGAAAUUAUUUUUUGGAUCAUUGUUGCUCUUGCAAACUGCCAGCCAUAGAACGCGACGACUAAAACCGUCUGUACACCCAUGUAUUGGGAAUCCAUGUGGUUUUAGUUUGUCGUAACCAUCUGCGUGCCAGGAGAAGUUUGGACCAGGGUUGUUAUAUUCUCUUUAAUGCUUAAAACGGUGUGAUCUACGUUCAUCUAUUUCACGAAGCAGUCUUUGUACUACUCUUCGCGGCACUUUAACUUGAUAUUUUUUCUAAUAAGCCGCCACAAUGCACGAUAUCCUAAUAGGCACCCGUCACCAUUUAGUUCUUUUCUGAUCAAGUGAGCAACCCUUUCUUCGUCUAUUUCCUCAGGUACAUGUCUUCUGCUCAACUCAAAUUGCUUCAAACGAUAACAGAUAGUUCUGGAAGACAUUGGUAUACCAUGAUAGCUUGAUAAGAACUGGAGGAAUACAUUGUGUUCAAAACCCGAAUGAAAAUAGUGUCGUAUAGCUUGUUCUUCGUUCAAAUUAGCGGGAAUGAAAGGUGCUAUCCCAAUCACGUCGACUUCUGCCAUUAAUACUUAAAUUAUAAUCACAAACACCAACAUUACUUGAUAAAAUCAGGAGCCCAGGAAAAACAAUCAGGAGGAUAUUAUUUAAUUUACUGGUAUGUGCAUUCCAUUUAAUAGAUUAUUUUGACGGGUUUCGAAUCUUUUGGGUCAUUGCGAAUCUUUUGGGGUGUUUCGUAUCUUUUGGGGCGUUUCGAAUCUUAUGGGGUGUUUCGAAUCUUUUGGAGUGUUUCGAAUCUUUUGGGGUGUUUCGAAUCUUUUGGGGUGUUUCGAAUCUUUUGGCGGUGUUUCGAAUAUUUUGGAUGUUUCGAAUCUUUUGGGGUGUUUCGAAUCUUUUGGGGUGUUUCGAAUCUUUUGGGGUGUUUCGAAUAUUUUGGGGGUGUUUCAGAUUAACCGUUGCAAUUUGAUUUGCAUAUUGGGGUGCUUUGUGAUCCCUGGGGUGCAAUAAUUUUUUGGGGGGUGUUUUGCACAUAUGGGCCACCGUACGAUUUGCUUCGCGAUGCUAUAGCAAAUUUACAAAGUUGUUUUUCUGGUCCCGAAAAUACCCAAGAAUUCUUAUCGAGAGUUAAAACUAUAAUCCCAAUUGAAGAGAAUCAGUAUAAGAUAACCAGCGUACAAGGAAAUGCUGGAAGAUUCAAAGCGACUAUCAAGACGAAUUUCCACAAUGAGGAAGAUAUUGCAAUGUUUAUUCAGAAUUAUGGAAUCAAAAACAAUGAAACUUUAAGAGUUACGAAAGGGAGAAAAACAAGUGGGAAUGGCGAAUACAGUAUACUUUAAUAAAAUAUUUCAGAUGUCAUCACUACACAAGAUACGAAGCCACAAUGUGCCCUGCUCAGACUUUAGCAUCUCAACCAAGCAAACGGUUUAAGAACACCAACUGCCAAUUUUCACUAGUGGUAAGACUUGGUAAAAGAGUGGAUGAAGAUUAUAAUUCAAGCAUCGAUGUCGAGUGGAAUCAUAACCAUUCAGUUGAUUCGCUGCAUUCUUUGAGUUUCAAAGACAUUCCAAUGAAUGUCACAAAUACCAUCACCCAGAUGUAUGCUAGUGGUUUAUUGCCUGGGGCAGCUCAUCGAGAAUUUUUACGUCAGCUGAGGAGCGAGUGCCAAGAUGACCUUGAGUACCAUAAGAGACUUUCAGAUCGGUCUGAAGCACCUGGAAGAGAGGAUUUCAACAGAAUUUAUUCUGACUUUAAGGAAGAACGAUUCGGAACUGGUAGUAUGUCAGAUAUGUUUUCUGCUCUUGAAGAAAGGAUCAAAGAUUUGAAAGAGAAAGAUGCGGAAUAUACCAUUGAGUAUCAAAAGUUCGACGAAACAAUCAACCAGCCAUUUAUCAUGGUAGUAAUAACUCCGUUGAUGAAAAGAGUGCACAAACUGGUAAGUUGA